AUGACGACACCGCCGCAUCCUCCAUCAUCCUUCUGUCAGAACCAGGAAAGUAUUUACCCCGACCAGUACCCGACGAAUAUCCCCAUCAUGGACGAACAAGAAGCAGAUGGUGAUGAAGGAGAUGAUGAUGACACCGCACAAGAAAAUACGGAACCCCGACCACUGCAGCAGAUAUCAUCUCAAACCUGA